AUGAUGAUGGUCUCCAUUACCAGCCACCGCCAGCAGCUCCUGCUGUACCUGCACUUGCUCGUUCACUUGUUCCUUGGGAUCCAACAUCAGCUCUCGCACUCCCUCGCCACCUACAGCAACCAAACUACCAUACCACCAGCAGCAGCCGUUCCGUGCCGGCCGGACCAGUCCACGGCGCUGCUCCGGCUGCGGCGUUCCUUCACCACCACCACCACCGACUCCACAUGCACCCUCGCGUCGUGGCGGCCCGGCACGGACUGCUGCCGCUGGGAGGGCGUCGCCUGCGCCACCGCUGACGGCCGCGUCACCACCCUCGACCUCGCCGAAUGCGGGCUGCAGAGCGCCGGUCUCCACCCGGCGCUUUUUGAGCUCACCUCCCUGAGGUACCUGGACCUCUCCUCCAACAGCUUCAACGAGUCGGAGCUCCCGGCUGUUGGGUUUGAGCUGCUCACCGAGCUCACCUACCUCAACCUCUCCUACACCGACUUCAUAGGCAACAUACCGCACGGGAUACGGCGGCUCAACAAGCUGGUAUCCCUGGACUUCACCAACUGGAUUUAUCUUGUUGAAGGUGACAAUGACUAUUUCCUGCCACUCGGCGAAGGAAGGUGGCCCAUCGUAGAGCCAGACAUUGGAUCAUUCGUCGCUAACCUUAGCAACCUCAAGGAGCUUUAUCUAGGCAAUGUCGACUUAUCCGGCAACGGGGCAACAUGGUGCAGUGCCUUUGCUAAUUCCACUCCACAGCUUCAGGUUCUUAGCCUACCAAAUACACACAUCGAUGCUCCAAUUUGUGAAUCGUUGUCCAGCAUUCGCUCACUGACCAUGAUCAACCUAAACUAUAACAAAGUCUAUGGCCAAAUUCCAGAGUCCUUUGCUGACUUACCUUCCCUCAGUGUUCUUAAGCUUGCCUAUAAUCGCCUCGAAGGACGGUUCCCAAUGAGGAUCUUCCAGAACAUAAACUUAACGGCUGUUGAUGUUAGUUAUAAUUCCAAGGUAUCUGGUCUACUUCCCAAUUUCUCAUCACAUAGUAUUAUGAAGGAACUGGUUUUUAGCAACACCAACUUCUCUGGUCCCAUUCCGAGUUCAAUAAGUAAUCUCAAAUCCUUGAAGAAAUUAGGUAUUGCAGCAGUUGACUUUCACCAGGAGCAGCUUCCCACUUCAAUUGGUGAGCUCAGAUCAUUAACAUCAUUGCAUGUUUCUGGGGCUGGUAUAGUAGGAGAAAUACCAUCUUGGGUUGCAAAUUUGACUUCUCUGGAAACUCUACAGUUCUCGAACUGUGGGUUAUCUGGUCAAGUACCUUCCUUCAUAGGUAACCUCAAGAACCUAAUUAAAUUGAAAUUGUAUGCAUGUAAUUUUUCUGGUCAAAUUCCUCCACAUCUAUUUAAUCUUACUCAAUUAGGCAUCGUAAAUUUACAUUCCAAUAGUUUCAGUGGUACCAUCCAACUCAACUCAUUCUUCGAAAUGCCCAACCUAGUCAUACUGAAUCUUUCAAACAACAAGCUUUCCGUAGUAGAUGGAGAAUACAAUUCUUCAUGGGAAUCCAUCCAAAACUUUGAUACUCUAUGUCUAGCAUCUUGUAACAUAUCCAAGCUCCCUAAUACCUUGAAGCACAUGUAUUCUGUUGAAGUUCUUGACCUUUCAAACAAUCACAUCCAUGGCCCUCUACCUCAGUGGGCAUGGGAUAAUUGGAUCAACUCUCUCAUCUUGAUGAACAUAUCACACAACCAAUUUAGUAGUGGUAUUGGAUAUGGCUCUGUCAUUUUUGCUAAUAUGUUUGUUAUCGAUAUCAGUUAUAACCGAUUUGAAGGGCCUAUACCUAUACCAGGACCGCAGAACCAACUAUUUGAUUGCUCAAACAACCAAUUCUCAUCCAUGCCAUUCAAUUUUGGUUCUCACUUAAGUAGUAUUUCCCUACUCAUGGCUCAUGGAAACAAGUUGUCUGGAGAAAUUCCACAAUCAAUCUGUGAAGCAACAAGCCUUAUGCUCCUUGAUCUCUCCAAUAAUGAUUUGACUGGCUCCAUCCCUUCUUGUUUACUAGAGGAUAUGAGUCGCCUCAAUGUAUUAAAUUUGAAAGGAAAUCAACUUCAUGGAAGAUUACCAAAUAGCCUGAAGCAAGAUUGUGCAUUUGAGGCAUUAGACUUUAGUGAUAAUCAGAUUGAAGGACAAUUACCUAGAUCUCUAGUUGCUUGCAAAGACUUGGAGGUUUUUGAUAUUGGGAAGAAUCUUAUUAAUGAUACAUUUCCAUGUUGGAUGAGUAUGCUUCCUAAACUUCAAGUCCUUGUUCUAAAGUCCAACAGGUUCAUUGGAGAUGUGGGGCCAUCUAUUUCAGAAUAUCAAAAUAGUUGUGAGUUUGGAAAACUUCGAAUUAUUGACUUGGCUUCAAAUAAUUUCUCUGGAUUAUUGAGAAACAAGUGGUUUACGUCAAUGGGAUCCAUGAUGACUAAAGAUGUCAAUGAGACGUUGGUCAUGGAAAAUCAAUAUGAUCUACUUGGCCAAACAUACCAGUUCACCACUGCCAUCACAUACAAAGGAUCUGAUAUUAGUUUUUCUAAAAUAUUGAGGACCAUUGUCAUCAUUGAUGUUUCUAAUAAUGAAUUCUAUGGCACUAUUCCUGAGUCAAUUGGGGACCUUGUUCUACUUGGUGGGCUAAAUAUGUCACAUAAUGCCCUCAUUGGACCGAUACCAUCUCAGCUUGGCAUGAGACAUCAACUUGAGUCACUAGACUUGUCUUCAAAUGAACUUUCUGGAGAGAUCCCAUGGGAGUUGGCAUCAUUGGACUUUCUUUCAGUGUUGAAUCUAUCCUACAACAAACUACAGGGAAGAAUACCCGAGUCUUCCCACUUCUUGACAUUCUCCGAUCUCUCAGUUUUAGGAAAUAUUGAUCUGUGUGGGUUUCAAGUGUCCAAAGCAUGUCACAACAUGACACCAGAUAUGGUUCUACAUCAGUCAAAGAAGGUAUCAAUAGACAUUGUACUAUUCCUUUUUGCUGGAUUGGGAUUUGGUGUCGGAUUUGCAAUUGCAAUUAUCUUGACAUGGGGAAUCUCAAGGAGCUCAUCGUUACAUUUCCAAUCCACCAUUUGUUGA